AUGGUCUCUCAGGGGUGGCAGCUAGCACAGGAGGUGGAAACUGAGAGACAGCGUCUGCAGGAACAUGUUGAAGACCUGAAGAAACGCUCCACGUUCCACUUCAGGAUGUCCUUCCUGCAAAGCAGGGUCUCAGCAUCAGAGUUUCACUGCCAGGAAAUUCUUGGAAUGUUCGGGGAUCUUGGGUUCCAGCAUGACGUUGGAGAGUUUCAUCAGGAAGCAGUUCAGCCAGAGACCGGAUUGUACGUAGUGGCCAAGACCAGACAUGUUGAGAAGGUUAUGCUGCAGACUCUGUACCAGACAUCCCUUCCAAGCACAGCAGAUCUUCACAGCUGUGAGAGUAAGCUCACAGAGGAUGGAAAACCGCUUCCCAAAACCCACAUGGGUUUGGUUCAGGAGAUCUCACCUGCUGCGUGUCCAGAGAAGUCGUCCACAGAGGAAACGCCCUCACAAACUGAGACGGUCCAACCCAGAACAGGAGUGUUGGCAAAAACACCACAGAAUCCUUUAGCUUCACAGCCACCUGUGAUGAUCUACAGUGAAGUCCGGUCCAAAGCCCAGUCGAUGGCAAAGAGUCGGCUCCGGAGGGCCGGGAUUCGUCUGUAUGGACACAUUCAGCAAGCAUGGCAGAUGCUCGCAGGCAAACAAAUUUCAGAUGUUCCCCUCAAGAAGACACAGGUACGCUACAGAAGCUUCAGAUGA